UAGCGUCUUAUCCACGUUUCCUUUCCCUUUUUGCGUCCAACGAAGAGCACGUGUACAAGUAUAAAACGAAUUCGCGCAGAGAACGUCGAUUCAGUUAGUCGCAACAUGUGAUCGAGGUAUACACAGGCACGGAUCAACAAUACAGUAUUAUAUAGUAUAUUAUCGUUGAACAUUGUGAACGAAAAAAUCGAGAUCGCUGCGUCGUUGAAUCCUUCUUUCAGCUCGUUUUGUCAGCAAAAAGGGUUGUCCGCGUUUGUCAACUUUUCAACAAUUUCAUUAGAUUUCACAAAAUGUUAUCUGCCUGGAAACUGUGUUGCGGGAACAUCUCGCAGCGAUGGGUAUUUGCGUUAAUGGGAUUUUUGGCAUUGUUCAACGCUUACACAAUGAGAGUUUGCCUCUCGAUCACGAUUACCGAGAUGGUGCAACAGGAAAAUACAACGGAUAACGCCGAUGCCGAUAGUUGCCCGAUCAUGGAGGAAGAUCAAGUGCAUGCCAAUCAAACGAAACCAUCCGAUGCGAUGGUUUACAACUGGGACCCAGUCACGCAGGGAGCUAUACUGUCGUCGUUCUAUUGGGGCUACAUAGUGACGCAUUUGCCGGGUGGUCUGCUGUCCGAGAAAUUUGGUGGAAAGCACUUCCUUGGCCUCGGUAUUCUGGCAACCGCCCUCUUCACGCUCUUGACACCGAUCGUCGUCGAAUACGGAGAAGCAACCGGAUUGAUCAUACUUCGCGUACUGAUGGGUCUCUGCGAGGGUACAACGUUUCCGGCGUUGAACGCUAUGCUGGCGCAAUGGACACCGCCGGAGGAGAGAUCGAAGAUAGGCACGUUGGUGUUCGCCGGUGCCCAACUCGGUACGGUAUUCGCAAACGUCUUGUCCGGAAUCAUUCUACAUUACUCGUCGAUGGGCUGGCCGGCGGUGUUUUACGUCUUCGGCGGCAUCGGAGUGCUCUGGUAUUGCCUAUGGCUGGCAAUUUGUUACAACAAUCCGGACACGCAUCCGUUCAUCUCCGAGAAAGAGAAGAUGUUUCUGAGCGAAAGGAUGCGCGCUCACACGCACGCGAAGCGUCCGUCGGUGCCGUGGACGCACAUUCUUCGAUCGGUGCCGGUUUGGGCACUGAUAAUGGCGCAGAUCGGCCACGACUGGGGUUUCUUCACGCUGAUCAACGACCUUCCGAAAUACAUGAGCAACGUGCUCAAGUACUCGAUCAAGAGCAACGGGUUGCUCUCUGCUCUGCCCUAUCUAACGAUGUGGGUUUGCAGUAUAAUUACAUCCUGGCUGGCCGACUGGAUGAUCACGAGCGGCGCGAUGUCGCGUACCAACGUGCGUAAACUGGGCACGACCAUCGCUUCCCUCGGUCCCGGAAUAUUUAUAAUCGCCGCCUCUUACGCCGGCUGCGAUAGAACGCUGGUCGUUGUGAUGUUCACCGUCGGGGCUACUCUAAUGGGUACCUUCUAUCCAGGAAUGAAAGUUAACGCGCUCGAUCUCAGUCCAAAUUAUUCCGGCACUCUGAUGGCUGUUGUGAACGGCCUAGGUGCUCUUUCGGGUAUCAUCACCCCGUACAUCGUCGGCCUAUUAACUUCCAACAAUAGACUCUACGAAUGGAGACUCGUCUUUUGGAUUGUCCUCGGUGUUUUUAUUCUUACGAAUUUGAUUUUUGUGCUGUUCGCUAGCGGCGAGGUCCAAUACUGGAACGAUCCCGAAUUCGUUCGAAGGGAAAAAAAGGAAGGGAAACAAGCAAAGAUUCAAAAUGAAACGGGUCAACAAUGUCAGAAAACUUUUCCUUAACGAGUCGAACACGAAACUCCAUGCCCGCAUACGUACGUCUCUUGCGUAUAUGGCCUCGUCGCGCACUCCUGCCGCGUUGCGGUCAACAAGGAUAUACGUACUUAUAUUUUAUUAUUUCUAGACACCGUCGUAACCGCGCAACCCCAAUUAAUCGACGAACGAGUAAUCUUUCUUUCGGACAGGGCAACCGUUAGCACGUAUAUUUCAGUGUACAACUUGUACAUGUACAAUAUCGCGUCUGUCACUAUUCUUUCUUUCCUUCUUUCUUUCUUUCUUUCUUUCAUCUAGUCCCAACAUCUUCGUCGUAUUUUUAAAAUGUUAUAAACAAUCGUAAAGAGACAUGCAACGAUCGCGAUUGAAAAGACAGCAUAUGUCCGGGGAACCUGUAUCUACUUGCAUGUCGAUGAGUCGACAGUGUUUAAAACUUUUCAAAGAACACGCAGAUUCGACGAAAGUGUACACGAAUGAGUCCUCCCAAACAUCAUUUCGUGUACGUUCAGUGUACCUGAAAAUAUUAUCGCGCGCCAUUUUAUUUCUAUACACGUAAAGGCGCGUACCAUCGCUAAGUUAUCUUUGGCCGGUAAUUUAUCGUUACGUCGCUGUCAACCUUCCAAUUUACCGCGCUUGUAUAUUUAUAGUAAAAUACGAUAUUUAACAAGUAUUCGUAAUAAUUGUACUGUAUUAUUUACAAGUAUGUAUCUUGAUCUUCCUGCACAUUACAUUUAGUACUUUUUACAAA